AUGUCCGCCCUAAAAGGCCUCUUCCUCCUCGGCGGCUUCGCCUCCCUCCCCCUCACAAUCGCCUACAUCUUCACCGCAGACCACUCGAGAAUGACAAUCGGCACCCCGGCCGCCGGUCAAAUCGCCAAACGCUUCUCCAACUUCGACGAGAAGGCCAAGGAUUGGCACCACUCGCCUGAGGAGAUUAUGGAGGCGAGGAGGAGGAGACAUGCGUUGAUGAGGGGGGAGGGGGUGUGA